GCUUACAUAUGAAGUGUGAUGGCGACAUUUCAAGGUUUUGGCCUUCUCUUGUGGCUGCUUUUCUGGAUAAAUAUGGCUGAUGCCACAUUCCGGUUUAGGAAAUUGGAAGUCUUGCCAUUCACCACUCUGGACAUGAAAACCAUUCAAAUGCAAAGCCUUGCUAUCUUGGUAAAUGAUGUUCCUAUUGGUUUAUUUGAUCAACAUGAAAAUAAGUUCCUUAUUCGACUGAACAUAUCUGAAGAGGCGUGUAACAAAAUGAAGCAGUUAGCUGUACUCUACAUGCGAGAAGCAAAAGGCAAUAUGGACUGGCAGAAGGUGUUGAUAAGGAUGAUGGAGACUAAGCAGAAAGUGCAUCCUCCUCUGGAACCACCUUCUGUAAGCAUGUACAGUGAGAAGCCUUAUGUUCCCGGUCAGAAUAAUACUAUCUACUGUUAUGCAACUGGAUUUUAUCCCCCUGAGAUUGAUAUUGUGUUCUUUGAGAAUGGAAACCAUUUUGCUGGGAAGGUAUAUGCAUCUGACAUUGCUUUCUCAGAAGACUGGAGGUUUAAAAUUAUGAAGUUCAUUCAUGUUGUUCCACAGCAGACCACCUUGUACUCCUGCAAGGUUAAUCAUAUCAGCUUUAAACAACCCCGGGAGUUAACACUAGGGAACAGUAUGGAUCACCAUGCAAGAGUCCCGGUAUUGUUUAUCGUAUCAGUGCCAUGUGCAUUGAUAGGAAUUCCACUAGGCAUCUACUUUCUGAAAGAUAGUCGGUAAGUAGGUUCCUGAAAUCCAG